AUGGAGAGUUCUGAUGCAAUAAGACUGGGUAGUUUCAGGUUCAGUAACUCUAAUGUUUGGGCCAACACUUCAACGGAAGUGUUUUCCAAGUCCUCACGUGAUGAUCAGGAUGAUGAAGAAGCGCUGAAGUGGGCUACAAUCGAAAGACUUCCAACGUAUCUUCGCAUUAGAACUGGUGUUCUGAUUCCAGAAGAAGAUGGCCCUCCAAGAGAAGUUGAUGUGAAACAUCUUGGACCAGCAGAGAGGAAGCACAUUUUGAACCGGGUUUUACAUGAAGGCGAAGACAAUGAGGAGUUCUUGUUGAAGCUUAAACAGCGUAUCGCGAGGGAAUGUUGA